CGCCCUGCGUGAUAUCGGAUCUUUGUGUUUGUCCGCGUGCUUUUAUUUUCCUCCUCUCUUCCAUGCACUUUGAUGGUUGCUUUUUAGGCACAUUUUAGAUAAGUUUCGGGCGAAUGUUUUGAUGAUGUCGACGACGAGGUGAACAGGUUGUGGUGCGUGUGUGAUGGUCAGUUGAACAACAGUCAUCAUCGACGGGCAGUCUGUCUCCAAACCUAGCAGUGGACAGCCCGUGACAGAGUAACAAAGGGCCCUUAAGGUUGAAAUGUUGACUUCCCUAAAGUGUUUUCGCUGUAACAGCAACGACAAUCCGGACUGCUUCAACGUGCGGCCAUUAGCGAAGGUCGACCCACCGACGACGACGACGUCUCCGAAGCUGGCCGCCACCAAUGUGACGAAUCUGUCUGCCACGACGGCGGCGACACCGACUAAUUCAGGCAAACAACUCAAAGAACCGGUGCCCCUAUUUUUGGAAGAAUGUAGCCGAGACGAAAAAGGACGCGAGCCUUUUUGUCGGAAAAUGGUUUAUACUGUCAUACAAAACAAGCAUCAUCGUGUGGUGCGGGAGUGCGGAUACGAACCAUCUCCCAAGGACUGUUACAUGGCGGACAACGACUUUCACCUGGAGAUGGUGUGCCAGUGCUGGACGGAUGGAUGCAACGGGGCGGAAAGGACAAAGUUUGGCUCGAUCGCGGUCAUGACCGCUGUAGUCGGUGUUCUACUAAGAUUGCUGGGCAAUUAAUGAUAUAGUCGUACAAGAAAAAGCUUCAUUUAUAUUUUGUUUAUUGCUUUUUUUUGAAAUUGAAAAAUGUUACACCAAUAUAAAUAUGUGAAAGUGUGAAAAUUGUAUGGAAAUAAGUGUUUGAACUAAGGCUAAAAUUUGUUUCAAAUAUCACAAUUACUAAAUUUUUAACACUCAAUAAGAAAAACUGUUCUUUUUAAGAUUUUUCAAUUUUUUUUUAAUUUUAAUUUUUCUUAUUGUCUACAGAGAUUACAUGCGAACCAUAUUCUAUAUUUUUAUAACUUAGUAUUAAACAACAUUAGGUAAAUAUUU